CUAGCGAGGACUAUACUGAACAAGUUUUUGGGUAGUGAGGAAGGUUUUGGUUAAGUUCUGUAUCUUGAGCGAGACUGCGGCCCCCUCAGAGUUCGUUCGAGUUCAUCUCUGAUGUUAUUUCCUUAUUACUGCUCUUUGAUUUCUACUCUUAGAUAGUCACUACAGCCUUGUAUUGUCUACUCGCUCGCUGUUUGCUUUCCGUAAGAAAGUUUUGUGUAAGGCAUAAACAACUUUUCCGUGCUGCUCUAAAUGUUAAAAUGUGUUUAUAGAAAAUGCAUGUUGAUUGUUUUUCUACCUUCGGGCUCAUAUGUGAUGUUAUUUCCCUAUUUCUCCCCUUUGCUUUCUGCCCUUAGACAAUCGUUGCAACCUUGUAUUGUAUCUCGGUGGCUGUUUGUUUUUUGUAACCAACUUUUGUGUACGGUUCAAAGUGUUGGAAUGUGUUUGUGAAUAAUGCAAUUGCUCCGCUUGACAACUUGCGUGAUUCUACAAUUGUUAUUUCUUACCUCUUUGAAUUAUGGCGCUAUGCAUGUUAAUGCAUGUCGAAUGAUCAGAAGAAGAGAAAAUAAUGUAAGAUUUCUUUUCCCUUUUUUCUCAAAAUGAUAUAUCUUCUUUCUGUCCUUGUUUGUCGGCGAAAGCACUUUCGAAAAAUUGUGAAUAGUUGAUGAGAGAGAAAAAUUUCUUGUGUUUUCUUUGUUGUUUUUGAUAAAAUAUCUCUUCGUUCUGAUCUAUGAAUCGUUUCAGAACAAUGCGAACGAAGCUUGUGAAAAUAUAUAAAUAAAGUUUUUUUCCAGUAUUGAUCCUUGUGUUGUUUUAAGAUAUAGAACGAUUGAUAUAUUUGGAUUUUCGGAAAACAUGUUGACUUCUAAUAUGGAAAGACUAGGAAGAGAAGUACGUCUUAGUCUAAAACGAUUAACUGUACAAAGCAGGACAGACAAACAACACACAGGUACAUUUACCACAAGAGAAGAAACAAUAAGGGGACAAGACGAACAGGGAGAACAAGAUGAACAACGUAAACAAGAUACACAAGAAAGACAUCAAUUAACACAAGCAUCACAAGAAGAAGGUUCAGCCAUGGAACGCCAACAUCGAGAUCGGUUUGCGGCAUUACGUGAACGAGUGCAACAGCGCUUACAACAACGAUCACAAUUACAAACAUGUUUUCUUCGAACACAGGCAACACAAAGCAACGAAAAUUGGGAUGAGCCAGAACCACAACAACCAGCAAGAAUAACUUCAAGCGAAAUUGAAGGACAAACAGGUGAUACAUAA